AUGAAUCCAAACUCAUUCAAGCUCUACAAAUCAAUUUGCUCAGCAGUGACAUCUACUGGCUUGACAUUCACCAACAUUACAAAUAAAUCAUUUCUUGGGAGAUCAGUUUAAUAUUUAGACCAUUUGAUUUACACAAAGGCUCCAAGAUUAUCAUACAUUGAGCAUUAUGCUCCAGUAUAUACACCCAAAAGAGUCACUUAUGCUGCCCCAAUCUGUUUGGCUUUAGCUGGCACUGUAUUAAUAGCUGAAAUUGCUUGGACCAACAAUGCCAAAGAAUAAGCAAAUAAUUAUUUUGUUGCAACAAGAGAAUGA